ACACCUGCCCCGCCUGCAGGUGAGCAGUGGCGUGUGAGAGCCAGCUCCGUGUCUGCCCACUCGGUGGCCGUUCCCUGGAGCUGUCUGUCCUCGCUGGAGCCUCAGCAGAUCCUUCUUUCAGAAGUCACUCCCAGGAGUCCUGAACAGGAGUCACCAUGCAGUGCUACAGCUUCAUUAAGAGCAUGAUGAUCUUAUUCAAUUUUCUCAUCUUCCUGUGCGGUGUGGCGCUGCUGGCGGUGGGGAUCUGGGUGUCCGUCGACGGGCCGUCCUUCCUGAAGAUCUUCGGGCCGCUGUCGUCCAGCGCCAUGCAGUUUGUCAACGUGGGCUACUUCCUCAUCGCAGCCGGCGCCCUGCUCUUCGCUCUCGGCUUCCUGGGCUGCUACGGCGCCCACACCGAGAACAAGUGUGCCCUCAUGAUGUUCUUCCUCAUCCUCCUCGUCAUCUUCAUUGCCGAGGUCGCAGCUGCUGUGGUCGCCUUGGUGUACACCUCAGUGGCGGAGCACUUCCUGACGUUGCUGGCAGUGCAGACCAUCAAGAAGGACUACGGUUCCCAGAAAGACUUCACACAAGUGUGGAACAGCACCAUGGAAGGGCUCAAGUGCUGUGGCUUCAACAACUACACGGAUUUCGAGGACUCUCCCUUCUACACAGAGCACAACGCCUUCCCCCCAUACUGCUGCUCUAAUGGCGCCAACAGCACGGACCCCUGCACCAAGAGGAGGGCCGAGGACAGUCCCGUACAGGGUUGCUUCGAUCAGCUUCUGAGUGACAUCCGAACCAACGCAGUCACCGUGGGUGGCGUAGCGGCCGGAAUAGGAGGCUUGGAGCUGGCUGCCAUGAUUGUGUCCAUGUAUCUGUACUGCAAUUUGAAAUAAGUCCGCCUCUGCCUCCGCCACUGCUCCUGCCACACCCAAGGCCAUGAUCAGGGCGGCGACAGGACCUAACAGUGCCAUGGGGGCCACAGGGAGGCCGCGCAGGGACCACCCCUUCAGACUCUGUCUUCCAUUGAUGGGGUUGGGGCCCACCUGUUCCAGAGCCAGUUCUAGGGUAGCCAGUCCUCCUGCCGUUCCUCACAGUCUGUCUCUCAAACCCUGGAUACCCCUUCCUGAAGGCCAACAGGAGCUCUUGGUGACCCCAGGACUCCCCUGGGGAACAAGGCCCCCUAUCUCCUGAGCACAUGCAAAAUUAGCAGUGACCCGGCGGAUGUGUAGAAGGCACCUCGGAAUUCACAAACCAAUUAAAUUGUUUCCAUCGGGA